AUGAGUGUGAGGGCAUUUGGUGGCCACGAUAAGGCCGCUAGUGCUGGUGUUGGCAAUUGUGGGUGGUGUGUGGUCAUGACAUUGGUAUGGGUUGGGGAGAGGACAAAGAGGGAAAAAAUAACCCCUAGAGAUGCGAGAGAGGGGAAAAUCACUUUUUUGAGGUACGGGAGCAAUACUGAGGAGGGUGAAAAGUUGGAGGUGGUAACUCUGGGCAUCGGACUCGUGGGCGGGGAAACACUUCUCUCUGCCAUACCCUCAACCGUCUUAAUGUACAUUUCGCAGCUUACCAACAGCAAAUAUCUCUACCAAGCACUGAGGUUCACCGAAGAUCUGUUGGGAAAAGUUCCAAUGGUACACAUUGACGAUGUCUGUGAAGCACACAUCUUCUGCAUCGAGAAGCCUUCAAUCAGUGGUAGAUUUCUGUGUGCAAGUUCGUAUGUUUCAUCAGCUGAAAUCGCUAUGUACUACCAACAACAUCAUCCAGAAUAUGAUGUCAAACAAGAGGAGGUGAAAUUGGGUUUCCGGUAUUUGGAUGGACCGAAAAGAGAAAUUAAGUGGGGCGGCGCAAAGCUUAUUGAGAUGGGCUUUGAAUACAAGUACGAUUCCAAGAUGGUCUUAGAUGAUAGCAUCAAGUGUGCUUGGAGGACGGGCGGUCUAAAACAGUGA